UUACACGGCUACUUGCCACAUAAGAAAAAAAAACUGGACAUGAAUAUGAAUUUUAAACAUUUUAUUGGCAUAUUUUUUUUAAAUUAACAUUUUUAUCCUUCCGCGAAACUUUGCACAGAUGCAUAAAAUGAUCGUAAUACCUUAUUAAGAUCCUCUGCUUCAUACUUGUCUGUCUCCAUUUUUUCUCUUUUAGCCAGUCUUUGAGCAGUUUUAAUCUCCAUUCUGUAUUUUUGUGUGUUGGCUUCGUAGCUGUCAUGCUCUUUUUUGUCAAGUUCAGUCUCAGUAAGCUGUCUGUGUCUUGUCGUGGUUGUCAAGUGUUUGUCACAAGAUGGCGCCAAACAGACAGUAAUCUUUAUUGAUCUUUAUUGGCGCGGAGCGAUUUUACUCGUGCAAGUAGUCCGGCUAUGCGUUAUUAAUUUGGAGCAGUUAUUAUUUGAAAAGAACGAACCUGCAAAUGUCUCAACUGACCAAUCAGAAUCAAGCAUUCCAGAGAGCCGUGUAAUAAACCAGAAUAAAUUCAAAAACAUAGAUAAAAGUGCUUUAUAAUGCACGUGUCAAAUCAGUAUUAAACAAACUGUCUGAAAGUAGUACACAAGAAACUCAACUUAAUAAUAAAUACUGACAUUCAUGUGUGUUUGAAUAUGAUUUGGUGAUGUGAAAAGAGAGGAGAAUUUAUUUGUACAUCAGGUUUUGUCAACACAACACGUUCACGUAUGACACACCUGUGUAUCCUCUCUCACAACUCCUCUGAAACCUCCUCACUCCUCCAUCCUCAGCUUCUCGCUCUGCUAUUAGACUUUUAAAAUGUCCUUCAUGACUAAGUUUGAAUUUUUUGGGUCACAGGUUGGUGGAAGGAGGAGCGAGAAAAAAAGUCUGAGAUCUUUCAUAAUCUGAGAAACACCCAGAGUAUUUCCUCUUCCUCUUGAUCUUCCUCUAUUUUCUUAUGUGAGGUUGAUUUUGCUGUUCUUGCAUUGAUCUUAGUGUUUAUGAGUCAGUGUGUUAAAUGGCCAAAAUAUUGUUCAGAGAAAAUCUGUAUAAUAUUUAUUUUGACACUGGAAUUGUAUUUAAUAUUUAAGUUUUUAGCUCCAUUUACUUAUAACGAAAUUGAUUCAUUUGGUUUGUGUUAGACUGCAUUUACAGUUUAUGACUGUUGCAAGUGUUUUACAAUUAGUAAGAAAAAGGAAGGAACUGAGAUCAUAACAGCGUAUCUACCAGCUACCCAAACUAAAAACUUUACAAACCACUGCUGCAACUUGAAGUCAAACAACUCCACAACAAUAUAUACUUAUGUGAAUUUCUGAGUAAGUGAAAUGAUGAACUCCAGACUCUCAUCUCUGAUCCUGCUGUUACACAUUAAAGGGUCUCUAACAUUGGCCAGCUUUACUGUGACCUGUGGUAAACAGAAUAUUUGUGCUGUGAGAGGGGCACAGGUGACACUGUGGUGCUCUUACUCAAACAUCAACAUCAAAAGUAAAUUCUGGUUCAGCCAAAAACAGAAAACAAACUGGAGAAACAAAGAUGAACCUGAAGAUUUGACUUUAGAUUCAAAUUACUCAGGACGAUUGAAGCAGCGAAUCACUGACUACAUGUCAGAGCUCACAAUAGAUGACCUGAGAGAGAGCGACAGUGGAGAAUAUCAGCUCAUGAUCAUUAUGAAGGAUGGAGUUAAACAUCUCAGUUCAGUCACAGUCAAUCUAACAGUCACAGUUUUACAGGUGAAGAUUAAUCCUGAAUCUACAGAUGAAGUAAAACUGAUCUGUGAUUCUUCCUGCAAUCUCACAUCUGAUCAUUACUCCUGGUACAAGAAUGGACGAUAUUUAAUAGAUGAAAAAUCAAAAUCCAUAUUUGUGUCAUCCAGUGGAAACACUGACAGCUAUUCCUGCUCUACAGAUGGCAAUCCCUCCUCAUCUGUGUGUGUUUCUAACAGUAGCUGUUGGGGUGUUACUUACACCUCUACAAGAGUUUGUGCUUUAGUGGGAUCAACAGUAGAUAUUCACUCUUCAUACUCACAUCCCACUGGAUAUACAGUAGAGAAAACAUACUGGCAUUUAACAAACAAUCCAUCUAAAGACAAAGAUUUGCGUGAUGUUCAUCAGUUUGCUGGUCGUGUGGAGUUUCUGGGAAACACACUGAGAAUCAAAGACGUCAACAUGAGUGACUCUGGUCAAUAUCGAUUCAGGAUCAUCAGUAACACAUCAGAUGAAUUUUCUGGUUAUCCUGGAGUCUUUCUUACUGUUACAGAUACACAGGUGAGAAGCAGCCCAAAACAUGUGAUAGAUGGAGAAAAAGUGAUAUUAAGCUGUUCAACCGAAUGCAGUCUGGAUGACAAACAUACUUACAUCUGGUAUAAGAAUGGACAACAGGUAACAGAUGGAUUGAGAUUAUUAAACAAGCUGUACCUGGACUCAAUCAACAGUGAGGAGCUACAAGAGUAUUCAUGUACUGUAAGAGUGUCUACAAAACAAGAGAAAUCCACAUGGUUAAGUACAGUAAUCAUAUUGUCUGUGUUUCUGACUCUUGCACUCAUUGGAGUCCUAAUGUGGUACAGGAUGAGAAGCUGUAUCUUGUCUAGAAAUCACAAGGAUGCAAAGGAGGAGGCACAGUAUGACUCAGUGCACAUUGAUGCAGCGCCAUCUGAACACACACAGAAAGAAGAUUGCAAAAAUGAGGAUAUUCAUUAUAGCAGCAUUCAUUUUGUAAAUUCAAAAACAAAGCAGACAUCUUCAGACACCACAAACACCACAGAAAAUGAAGAUGUUCAGUACGCCACUGUAAUGUUUAGUUAACAGACUGUUGAUAUCAUUGCAUUACUUUGUCAUUGUUAUUAUGUUGCUGUGUUGUAUCAAUAAUCCUGAACAUGUAUGUCGCAAAAAAGAAGAAAUAAAAUAACAAACAGACCAAUUAAGUCUUUUAGCUUUGCUUUCGAAGUGCUCGGAACACCUAAAUAUGGCGCCACCUGCUGGUGAAAAUGUUGUAACAGCUCAGAAGA